AAGGAGCCAUUCCCGAGCGCGAGAGUCGCUGUCCCGCUUCCUCGAGUGGCGAGCGCUGCCUGCGGGAUGGGGAGAGGGAGGAUCCGCGCUCUGGCUGUGAGCGACGUCCGCUUCCCCACGUCUCUGGCUCAACACGGGUCAGAUGCCAUGCAUCCAGAUCCAGACUAUUCCGCAGCCUACGUGGUCAUAGAAACGGAUGCUCCCGAUGGCUUGAAAGGUUGUGGCUUUACAUUUACGCUGGGAAAAGGCACAGAAGUGGUUAUCAGUGCAGUCCAUGCACUGUCAAUUCAUAUCAUUAAUAAAGAUUUGGAUGACAUAAUCAGUGAUUUUCGAGGCUUCUACAGACAGCUCACCAGUGAUGGGCAGCUCCGAUGGAUUGGUCCCGAGAAAGGAGCUGUGCAUUUGGCCACAGCUGCCAUUUUGAACGCUGUCUGGGAUCUUUGGGCCAAACAAGAAAGAAAGCCUCUCUGGAAACUGCUGGUUGACAUGGACCCCAAGCAGUUGUUAUCUUGCAUAGAUUUCAGAUACAUUACUGAUGCAUUAACAGAAGAAGAAGCUUUUUCAAUUCUUCAAACUGGUUUGGCGGGAAAAAAAGAACGGGAAGAACAAAUGUUAAAAUAUGGCUACCCAUCUUAUACCACAUCAUGUGCCUGGCUAGGUUAUCCAGACCGCUCCCUAAAGCAGCUAUGCACUGAAGCUCUGAAGGAUGGAUGGACCAGGUUUAAAGUGAAAGUCGGAAAAGAUCUCCAGGAUGACAUUCGGAGAUGCAAACUUGUCAGAGAAAUGAUUGGUCCUGAAAAUACACUGUUGUUGGAUGCUAACCAAAGAUGGGAGGUAGAAGAAGCCAUAGACUGGGUCACUGAACUAGCUGAGUUCAAACCGCUAUGGAUUGAGGAACCAACUUCUCCUGAUGAUAUUCUGGGGCAUGCAAGAAUUGCUAAGGCAUUAGCACCAUUAGGGAUUGGUGUUGCAACAGGAGAACAAUGCCAUAAUAGAGUGAUGUUCAAGCAGUUCCUACAGGCCCAGGCUCUGAGCUAUCUCCAGGUGGAUAGUUGUAGGCUUGGAAGUGUCAAUGAAAACUUGUCUGUAUUGCUGAUGGCCAAGAAGUUUCAAAUUCCAGUAUGUCCUCAUGCAGGAGGGGUCGGACUUUGUGAGUUGGUCCAGCACUUAAUAAUAUUUGACUACAUUUCAGUGUCUGGCAGCCUUGAAAAUAGGAUGUGUGAAUAUGUAGAUCACUUGCAUGAACACUUCAAGUAUCCUGUAGUAAUCAUGAAUGCAUCUUACAUCCCACCCCAGGUAAUGUUUGAGUUCAAUAUUUAAAAUAUUUUCAGAGAUUUCACCAUGUUUUUAUAUAAAAAUGUAAGGCAGCAAGAGUCAGUUCCAAGAUUUCUUAGCAUUCCAAUUCUGCUAUUCCACACUGUUCAAAGCACUAUCUACCAAUUUGUGUCAGACUGUUUCCUAAAGGAUGUUCAGAUGAGCAUGUACAUCCAUAUUUGCCUCAUAAUUGUACAUCCAUAUUUGCCUCAUAAUCUUUAUAUAUUAGUUACUGAAAUACUUUCAACUACCUUGAAGCAAGUGGGAAAUUGAAGCCUUCCAUUUCACCAUCAAAUAGUGGGGACUACAACUUCCUUUCUUAGCCUAGCCUAAUGUGGAGCAGUGGUUUUACAGAAAAAUAAUAUCCCCCUGCUUGAUUUUGAAGCAAAAAUACAAAUAUAGACAUUAAAUAUUCCCUUCUAUAUAGCUUUCAAGAAUCGUUGAUGAAUCAAAUUUAAUCAAUAAUGCAUUUAGUUCAUAUUGUUAUUAAAAUAUGUACCACAUUAACUAGCCAUACUGAGCACAUACUAGUAGGGCAUGUUUAUUUUUAUAUAUUUAAACAUGAAAUUUUUCUUUCAGGAGGCUGGAUAUUCCUCUGAAAUGAAAGAAGAUUCUGUACAGAAAUAUCUGUUUCCACAAGGAGAAAUCUGGCAAAAGUCCUUGUGUUCAUAACAUAACGUAAAACAAGUUCAUAUUUCAUUUUUUCCCCAAAUGAAGAUAAAAUUCAGCUAUUUUUUUACAUGGAUGUUAUAUUAAGAUGUAGGAGUCAAAUAAGUGCUUUUAGAAAGCUUCCUCUGUUCACACAAAACAAAAAUAGAUUGUAUUGCCAAUGAAUGUCCUUGAUCAGUUUAAAAAUAGGCAGCUUUUAAUAGCUAAGUUUAAAGAAGUUAAGAUGAUUCAUCUGUCUUCGAGCUAUUCCAGAACUACAGGAUUAUGUAAUGGAAGAUUGCACUUUAAAAUGCAUCUGCCAAGAUUAAAUGUUCCAAGUAAAGUUUAACUGCAUGUCGUGAUGCAAUGUUUUCUAAGGUGGCUGUUCCUUUACAGAAAAUAAAGUUUAAAGACUGAAUCUAGAUAUUUAAAUUCUGGUGAACAUUUAACAUAGAAUAGCAGUUGGACCAGUGGUGGGUUGCUACCGGUUCUCCCCGGUUCGGGAGAGCCAGUAGUGGAAAUCUUGAUAGGAGAGCGAACCGGUUCUCUCUGAACGUCAGUUGGGCCCUCCCCCUGCUAUACCUACCUUUAUUUCUUUUCUUUUUAGUUCAGCUAAGGCGCGGCAGAGUGGAUUGCCAUGCCUCAACUGUUUUUUUAGUCAAUGCGCUUGUGCGAUGUGAACCGGUGGUAAAACUGAUUAGAACCCACCACUGAAUUGGAUCAACAGUUUGGACAGAUGACAGUGAUGGUAGAUUGUAGUCAUUAAAACAUACAUCAGUUUUUUUGAAGACAACAGUGAAAACAAUUUAUUCUUCUAGUCAGAAAACAGUUGAGACCUUAAAUGGGGGUUUCAGCAAUAGAUGAUGAGCUAGAUUUUGAGCUAAUGGGUGCACUUGUAACUUGAAUUCUUUCACAGAAUGGCUCUACUGGAAAGGCAUGUUCUUGGUGAGGUAGAUCAGUAGUCUAAUUUCCUGAGAUUGGACUGUUGACUCUUCCUAUAUUAUCACCCAAAUCUAUCUAUUCCAGGCCAGAAAGUUCUUAAUAGAGAAUAUUUCUAUACACUUGCAGAGUAUAGAAAUAGACUUCAUUAACAGAAUCCUGUUAUUCUUACUUUAUAAACUUGCUGUAUUUGAAGUUGAAAUCAUGCGCAUUCUUCUAAAUAAAAAAAUGCUAGAAUACGA